AUGGCUAUGGUGUCGCCGCUUGAUGCGCACAAUCCCAAGGAAACUUUCAAGUUCCCUGCCUUCCAGCCCGACCUGCUACCGACGCACGAGGAGGAGCCGCUUGGCCUGACAGCGCAGACUCCUAGCCCGAGUCGCAAUCAGCUGCCAAACGGAAACACGCAUACCCCCGAUCGCUGGCAGCCGCGGAGAGAUCAGAGAGCGAGUGGAAAUAGCUCGGCACAUGGCCCUACAACGAGACACGGGAGGCAGAAGAGUCUAAGUGAGGCGUUUAGGACAAUAAGGACGCGCAAAGCGAGUGUCAGUCAGAAUGCACACGAGAUUGCAGAUGCGCUCAAGGCGCCGAUAUCGCCUACGCUGGUGAUGCUCUGCGGCGUCUGGUACAUGACCUCCAUCUUCUCCAACACCUCGUCGAAAGCGAUCCUCACGGCCCUACCAAAGCCGGUGACCCUCACAGUCAUACAGUUCAUGUUUGUCUCUGGCUGGUGCUUGUUCCUUGCAGCGCUGGCCCGGAAAUAUCCCCGCAUGAAGCAGACCUUUCCCUUUCUCAAAUACGGUAUCCGCCGACCGUCCAGAGAACUUAUAAUGACUACGUUACCACUCGCCAUAUUUCAGAUUGGAGGACACAUCUUGAGCUCAGAUGCUACCAGGAGAAUACCCGUGUCUCUGGUCCAUACUAUCAAGGGGCUGUCUCCGCUGCUUACCGUGGGGGCGUACCGCAUCGUCUUCGGAAUCCAGUACUCGAUCCCUACGUAUCUUUCUUUGCUCCCACUCACGCUGGGUGUUGUCAUGGCCUGCUCCGCCGAUUUCAACGCCAACUUCAUGGGACUUAUCAUGGCUUUUGCAAGUGCUUUGCUGUUUGUUGCGCAGAAUAUCAUCUCUAAGAAACUCUUCAACGAUGCUGCUGCGGCCGAGAAGGAAGGUCUUCCGCCAUCAUCAAAAUUCACAAAACCUGACAAGCUAAAUUUGCUGUGCUACUCGUCCGGGCUUGCACUUAUCCUGACACUUCCGCUCUGGUUAUGGUCGGAAGGAUUCGGACUGCUGGGCGAUUUCCUCAGCAAAGCCUCAAUCGAUCUCAACGAGCACCCGGAAGCAUUCGACCAUGGACGCUUGUUCCUAGAAUUUGUUUUCAACGGUACCUUCCAUUUUGGUCAGAAUAUCGUUGCCUUCGUCCUGCUAUCUAUGAUAUCGCCAGUCACUUAUUCUGUGGCCAGUCUUAUCAAGCGCGUCUUCGUUAUUGUAUUCGCCAUCAUCUGGUUUGGGAAGCCCAUGACCAAGGUACAGGCUUUCGGCUUCUUCCUCACUUUCCUUGGGCUGUACCUGUAUGAUAGGACGUCGGACGCUGCAAAGAAGGACAAGCAGCCUCGAGCACUUCAGUCCACGGCGCAAGGUCCGCUGUUGCCCCUCACCACAGAUAAGCUGCCUCGUGUCAAUUUCACCGCGAGCCCCGCGACAAUGUCCGCCGGCACUGGCGCAUAUCCGUUAUCGAAUGCUCCUAUAGAGAGUCGAGAUGCGAAGAGGGAUGAUAAUAUAGGUGCUGGUAGGCCAAAUGGACAUGCUCAGCCGAGCUGGUUACCGCCGGGUACAAAGCAGGAAGACACUUGGCGACCUAACGGAAUGACAGGAAAACCUGAUGGUGUUGGUGUCACUUAUGGUUGA